AGGUAGACUUAAUAACGGUGUGUUGACAGUUUACAUAGAAUCCUAAACAAUUUUCAUAUGACGUGGUUUUGUUCUGAGGUAGACAACAUGGAACAGUUUUCUUAAUUCAAAUUGCAUCCUAUAGUUUUUUGCAAUCGUCAUAGUAAGCGGAAAGGGCGGUAACUUUCUCUUUUCUCAUACUCCCCUCUGUACUUGAAGAGUUUAAAGAAUUGUCUACCAGAGUAUGUACUUAGUUUCAUUAUGGUCGAUUGGAUUUGCACUGCUUUGUAUGUUCAAGUACACCGUUCUCGGCUCUACAAUCAACAGUCUGCGAUUAAUAGAACUUCAGAACUUCACUGUUGAGUGUCUUCACGGAAAUGUCCAGUGGAUGGUCACUUUUGGAAACUCUAGGUCUCGAGCAGCAUUAUGCCAGAGAAACUCCACCUAUGUGGGUUGUACUAACGAACUAGGCUCUAGUGUUAUUGUCAGUUAUAAAAAGCCAGAAGAAUAUAAUAGUUCACAUAUGGCAAGUCCAAAAACAUCAUAUUUUCAUGCCAUUAGAGUGGACCCUUACCUGAAACGAAUAGAGUGCCAGGAUUAUAAUAAUAACAGUCUUGUGACAUGGAUUGUCGAAGUAACAAGUUUAGAUGUAUCUGUAAACGGACUAACUACCACUGAUGUAUUGAUCUGCGAGAAUCAGGAUGUCACUGUGACCUGUCAGUCGAAGGGAAGCUCCGACUCGGUGUUGACUGUAAUGUACGAGAACUCAGAAGGACUCGUCAAAUUAUUUGACAGGACAGUUGGCAGCUCGUUGAGUUAUACCUUGACCAGGGACACCCACAACUUAUACCGUGAGCCACAGGCGUACGUUCAAAAGUUAGGAUGCACUCUACAAGGAGGGCUAAAUGUUACCAAGCUGAUACAAUUGCAAGUCAUGAACUGUUUUACCAUUGAACCACAGUUACCGAGAAGAUCAACUGUAAACUUAAGACAGUUUAGUACCAUCGGGCUGCCUGUAUCUAUCGUCUGCUUUGUUAUCAUUGUUAUAGUCAUACUGGUCGUGUAUUACAGACGCUCCAAGCACGCAGCAUCUGGGAGAGGACAGAUUAGAGGAGCUCAACAGCAUCAAAGUGAGUCACCGUCUUCCGAUAUCCAGCCGUCCGGAAGUCCAGCGAUGCAAAUCUCUGCAAUUACUAACCGACCAGAAUCAAUCUUAGUAAAGGACUCUCCACUGCCACCUAACUUCUCAGCGCCGCCACCCUCGUAUGAGGAAGUUGUCUACCUGGGACGGUGACAUCAAGAACACGCCUGGCAAAAUUAAACUGUCUGGCUGUUAGUUUUAAGCUUAUGUAAAUUCAUAAUUGUAUUAAAUGGUAAGCGUAAUAAUAUCUAAAUUAUAAGACGCCUUUUAAUCGUUAGUUGUGGUUAUGAAAUAGUUAUAAUCUUUAUAGAUAAAUAUUAACUUUAGUUUAUAAUUAAAAAAAAAAAGAUCUGUUUAAUUUAAAAGCCCCGUUGUGAAAG